UCAACAAAUGACAAUUCACCCGGAAGUUCUUUCUGUCUGUACAAGGUGGAAUCCGUCCGCUUCCGGGUUGUCGGUUCCGUUUUUGCCCCCCUUCUCCCUUUAGCCACGCCGCAGGUGAAAGCCGGUUGCGUUUGACUUCCUCACAGUUCAGCCCUUGACGCUUUCGGUCGAGCCUCCGUCAGGGAGAUGUUGCUGAGGGGCUGGCAAGGCCCUGGUGCCUCUGCAGGAUUGUCGGCGGUGUUGGUGCUGCUGAAUUUGUGUUGGGCUGCCCGCGCCUCGGAGAUCACCUUCGAAUUGCCAGACAAUGCAAAGCAGUGCUUCUAUGAGGAGAUUGUUCAAGGCACCAAGUGUACCCUGGAAUUUCAGGUGAUCACUGGUGGACACUAUGAUGUUGAUUGCCGCUUAGAAGAUCCAGAUGGCAUAGUGUUAUACAAAGAAAUGAAGAAACAGUACGAUAGUUUUACCUUUACAGCUUCCAGAAAUGGAACAUACAAAUUUUGUUUCAGCAAUGAGUUUUCUACCUUCACACACAAGACAGUGUACUUCGACUUCCAGGUUGGAGAUGAUCCACCUUUGUUUCCUAGUGAAAAUAGAGUCACUGCACUUACUCAGAUGGAGUCAGCAUGUGUUUCAAUUCAUGAAGCUCUAAAAUCUGUCAUUGAUUACCAGACUCAUUUUCGGUUGAGAGAAGCACAAGGACGCAGCAGAGCAGAAGACUUAAACACACGGGUGGCUUAUUGGUCAAUAGGAGAAGCCAUCAUUCUUCUUGUAGUUAGUAUUGGGCAGGUAUUUCUUCUCAAAAGCUUCUUCUCAGACAAAAGAACCACCACGACUCGUGUUGGAUCAUAACUCAUGUUGAGAAAAUGCUUCAAAUUCACUGUUUGUUUAGAAAAAAUACUGUUCUUCAAAUAAUUUCUAGUUACAGAACAAUUAAAUAUGGGGAACAUUUUAAGUACCUUUACCCUUCCCCCUCCACUUAAGUUGCAAAGUACAUCUUCCCCAAAAGCUGUGACAAAAGGCAGCUUUUUAUUUGUGUUAUGUGGGGUUUUUUUCCUUCUGUUUAUAUCUGCUGAGUGAUCUAACUAACUUUUUUAACUAAUAAGACUAUUUGGUAGGAACAUAGUGCUUUAAAGAAAACCCUUUGGAUUUUUAUUUGGAAGAUUGUCCAUAUGAAAAAUGGGAACAAUCUGAUUUCUCAAAUUUGGAAGGUAUAAGAAUAAAACAGAAGCUAAUGUGAUUAAUUGUAGUCUCAGAGCCUUAUACUGCACUGUUCUGGUUUGCAAGGAAAAUUCUAUUUUCUUGUAAAAAAGGCUUCUUGGCGAGGGGGCUUUUAUUUUAUAGUAUAUACUGAAAUUUGGGGGCAACCAAUUCUCUGUACAUUAAACAGGUUUGUGAUUCAUUGCAUUUUUCUUUUUAAAUCAGACAAGUGGGGAGAAUGUCUGGUAGUUCUUGAAACCGAGUCUUUGAGCUUAUGGUGCUGUCGCUUUGAAGAACUGAAAGAUCAUCAGUAACAUGCUAUUUAAGAAUUAGAUUCUAAAGUCAGUCAUUCUCACUUGAAGUCAAUAGGAUUAAGCUAAAGUGCACUGGGUUAAAUAACAUGCGACUCAAAGCCAAUAUUACAGUCCCUUUAUUUGGGUGGUCCUAUAGGAUGACAUUAAUAUAAGUGGUUUAAGGGUUGUCAUUUAAAUUACUGGCUUACUAAGCAACACGUAUACAGAUGCUGAACACAGUGGAAUAACAUCCUUGAAUGUGUUACAUCUGCCUAUUAAAGAGUCUCAAUUAAUUGUUGGAAAAAUUCAUUAUUCGCGACUAGCAACAAUUGAGCAAUGGUUGCUUUGUGCUGACUGCUACCAUUUUUGGACUGGAGGGUCACUUUUAUAGUGCAUCACACACUUUGGGAUAUGUGAGUUUGCUUGCCAUAUGGCUGGUAUUCUUUUGCCUAAUAGAUAAUACCUUGUAUAUUCUUGUAGGCAUGUGUGUGAUCUUUCACAUUCUAAUGUAGUUCAAAGCAAUCAGAGUGAACUUAGCACUACCACUGUAAUUAUAAAGUACAUUUAUUUGAAAGUAUACUUCAUUGAUUUAAGCAGAACUUGAUCCCAAAUAUGUAUGUUUUUCAUUUGAGAACAUGGCUUGUCAAAAUGGAAAAAGAUAGAAGUUGCAGUGAUUGUAGGUAUAUGAAUACCACUAUGCUAGAAGGUUUACAUUCACAAAAAUUUGAAUGAUCCUCUUAUGCAAAGUUGACUGCUGUCCCGCUGUUAAAAAUAUAUAUACAUUACAGUUUCCUUUAUGUUAGUGCUGUAUAUAUAACCUAGACUAUUUUCAUGAAUUUAAAUGCUGGUGUAGUGUCAAAAAGAGGCUGUAAUGUGCUCCAACACCGAGUGGCUCAACUUCUAAACUUAUAAUAGAGUACAAUCAUAAGCCUAUUUAGACAGAAAAAAGUCAUUCAGCCCUCAGUCUCCAAUAUUUUUUCUGUCUAAACAAGCGUUGGAUUGAGUGCUUUGUUUGGUUAGGUUUUGCAUCUCUUAAAAAUGCAUCACCACAUAAUGUGAGGGUUUGACUUUUUAAAACAUACUGCACUAAUGUAACUUAGGGACAUUAGACUACACAGCUGUAUCAGUUAAAACCUUGCAGCAAUGACUUGGUUCUUGAACCUGCAUAAAGAAAACUUCUUGACUGUACUUGACCAUUUCUUCAAAAACUCCAGUGCAUGCUAUUCAUGAGGGCAUGUGUAGUUAAGACAGUUAAAAACAAAAACAGCUAACACUGAAAUACAGUGAUUGCUAUAUCCUCCAUUCCUGUUAGUGAGGUAAUGAAGGUUGACAGAAGCAGUGCUUGGAGAAUUUGGUAAUAAAUUUGGGAAAUUUCGCAAAAGCAUAUCGAUUCAGAAUAAAGUUUUAUAUUACUUGUAAAUAGGUCAGUUGAGAGCUGCUUUUUUUAGUCCACAAUUUUGGAUUUGUGGCGCCCUUGCUAUGUUUCUGUGAUGGGUGACUGUAGAUAACCAGUAGCCAUCUGAAAGCAUUGUACCUAUAAUAGCACGAAGGAGGAAGUAUUCUAUAGUCUCUAGCCAUGCAGCUAAGUUGGCAUCUCUGGAUUUCCAAGGAGCAGUGGAGAACUGUUUGUAGCCAGUGUCACCAUGUGGUCAGAGUCAACACAUGACUGUGUCCCAAUAAACUUAAAGGUAUAAUUUGCCAAAUGUUGAAGUGACUACCAAGUCAAUUUCUCAAUCUAGUUAUAAUAGAUGUCAAUGUGUGUGCAUUUUAUUUGUGUUUUUUUUUCUUCCAGAAUCCCAUAGUGAUUAAGGUAUAAUGGGGCUGUAUGAUUUGAUUUUUUCAGUGCAGGGUUUGUGGCAUUGUCUUAAACCAGCUAUAUUUCAUCGAAAUCAUCUUGGGCCUUGGUGCAUAAUAUGCAGUGAGGGUUUUACAAUGCUGUUAUUACACAUGAUAUUAAUUUCAAGGUAGCCACAUAUGCUUUAAGCAUACAUUAUUUGAUUAGUAGUAGCAACCAAACAGUUUUGGAAAUUUCUGUAGAGACAAUUGAUUUGUAACUGUUUAAACUGUUUUCACACAUCUAAAUUUGAAGUACAGCUCAACUGUACUAUGAUACCAGGUUUUAAAAAUUUGAUUUGCUUGAAGUCUGCAUAUGUGUAUCAUGAUGUAAAGUGUCCAGUUUUUGAUAACUUGCAUAGUUUUGUUGUUAGUUUCAAUAAGACAAAGCUGGCCCUGUGAAAAUGAUAUGGGAUAAUAAAAUUUAAUAUAAGGUUC